AUCAAACCAGGAGAAAAAGAAGAAUAAGUCUGUUGUCCUGGGAAGUAGAGGCAGAGUGAGACCUCUUACUUUCUCUUCGCUAAAGGGCAGCCAGCCCGAGGUCUUAUUUUUCAUUUUUAUUUAUUUCUGACGUUAUACCAAACCAGACUUCACCAUGUUUGCAGUUAGAAACGCUCUCCGCCUCGGCUCCAGGCUUUGCAUCCCUGCCGUGGGGAGGAGAGGAUGUGCCGGAGCUGCCAUCCCGGUGGACGACGUGGUGAACGGACUCACCGAGGACCAGGUCCAGCUAAGGCAGAGUGUUCGUAAAUUCCUUGGAGAAAAACUUGGGCCUUAUGCUGAUGAGAUCGACAAGAACAAUGAGUUCCCAGGAAUGCGGGACUUUUGGAAAGAAAUGGGAGAGAUGGGACUCCUGGGCAUCACUGCUCCAGUGGAAUGUGGAGGGACUGGAUUGGGAUACCUCGAUCAUGUCAUCGUGAUGGAGGAAAUGUCACGAGUGUCCGCGGCCGUCGCUCUCAGUUACGGCGCACACUCUAACCUUUGUGUCAACCAGCUGGUACGCCACGCCAAUGAGAAACAGAAGGAGAAGUACAUGCCAAAGUUAAUGACAGGAGAGCAUGUCGGAGCACUGGCCAUGAGUGAACCCAAUGCUGGCUCUGAUGUUGUGUCCAUGAAACUCAAAGCCAAAAAGAAAGGCGACUACUACAUACUGAAUGGCAACAAGUUCUGGAUUACAAACGGCCCAGAUGCGGACGUCCUUAUCGUGUAUGCCAAGACAGAUCCUGAGGCGCAUCAAAAAGGGAUCACAGCUUUCAUAGUUGAAAAGGGAAUGCCAGGAUUCUCCACCGCGCAGAAGCUCGACAAACUCGGCAUGAGAGGAUCCAACACCUGCGAGCUGAUCUUUGAAGACUGCAAAAUCCCAGAGGCGAACAUUCUGGGUCCUCUGAACAAAGGUGUGUAUGUGAUGAUGAGUGGCUUAGAUCUGGAGAGACUGGUGCUGGCAGCCGGACCCAUCGGAAUCAUGCAGGCGGUUUUGGACAAUGCCGUUCCCUACCUACACGUCAGAGAAGCCUUCGGGCAGAAGAUCGGACACUUCCAGCUGAUGCAAGGGAAGAUGGCCGACAUGUACACGAGACUGAGCUCCUGUCGGCAGUAUUUGUACAACGUUGCCCGAGCUUGUGACAAAGGACACUUCAGUGCGAAGGAUUGUGCUGGAGUGAUCCUCUAUUGUGCUGAGAAUGCCACUCAGGUUGCUUUGGAUGGCAUUCAGUGUUUGGGUGGCAAUGGCUACAUCAACGACUACCCAAUGGGGAGAUAUUUACGGGACGCUAAGCUCUAUGAAAUCGGCGCCGGCACGAGCGAAGUCCGCAGGCUCAUCAUCGGCAGAGCCUUCAACGCCAUGUUCAAAUAGAUAAUAGAGAAGAGGAGCGGUCAAGACUCACUGAGUGGUUUGUCGUGGAUGAACACAGUUACUCACACCCAGGGCCUUACUGUACGAGGUGUUGCUGCCGUUAGGAAGAGGUUUUCAUGUGUUUCAGAAUUCACUGUGUUAAACUGGAAUUUGAAUUCACAUAAUAAUGUACAGGAAAUCUAUGAGUGACAACAGGCAAGGCACGUUAAAGUUGGUUUACUGCAUUAAGUGGCCUUGAUUUAAUGUUGUAGUCUUGUUAACAGUUAAUUGAUAACCAAUAAAAUGCCAAUAAUGCAUUAAAUAAUAAACGAUGAACCUAGUAAAUAUGUCGAUUUCAUAAACACUCCAAACUUCUGCUGCUAUCAACCCGUUGUUCUCUAAGUUGGUUUAUAGUUCAAGAGCUAAUAGAAACAAGUCUGAUCACUUUACUCUUGUCAUUAUCUAUAAAUGUGUGUUUUUUUCCUGUAAUGGUGAUUUAUUUUUAUUUUUUUUUUGUAAAUAUCAUAGCCGCACUUCAAAUCCUCACAAACUCUCUUCUUCUGAAGUGAAACCAUCAACGAAGAGAAACAGCAGAGGUGUGUGAGUGUUCUGUUGUUAGUAUUAGAAUAAAUAGUGGUUUGUUCUUGGGAACAAACGUCACGUUUCUAAACUGUUCUAAAUCAGUCCUUGUCAGUGUGUAGUUGUACAGUAUGAAAAUGGUUUUGUUUGCAAUGAAUAAAAAUGAAAACAUUC